GCCAUAUUGGAUUUCUGCGCAUCAGGCUGGUCGAUCUAGCCUCUAAUAUUGAUAUUUAUGGUCAUUUCCUUUCCGGCGAAUAUAAGCGUGAGUAAAGAAGUACCAUGGCUGCUGCUAUUUCUUCAGAUGUUGAUAUGGCGAAUCGACAAAAAGAAAUUAAAGACACUGGACAAGAAAGUGGAACUAAAGUUGAAAUUCCUGUUGGGGAAUCUGGAGAUAAACGCAAGCCAGUAUGUUUAAUUGUUCUAGGCAUGGCAGGAUCUGGCAAAACUACGUUCGUACAGAGGCUGACAGCUUACCUACAUAGCAGAAAGUCCCCCCCUUACGUUAUUAACUUGGAUCCAGCUGUACAUGAGGUUCCUUUUCCAGCAAAUAUUGAUAUACGAGACACAGUGAAUUAUAAAGAAGUAAUGAAGCAAUAUGGUCUUGGACCCAACGGGGGAAUUGUGACAUCACUAAAUCUUUUUGCAACUAGAUUUGACCAGGUGAUUAAGUUUGUUGAAAAAAAACAGAGUGAUUGCAAAUAUGUGCUAAUAGACACUCCAGGACAAAUUGAAGUGUUCACGUGGUCUGCAUCUGGAACAAUAAUUACAGAUGCGCUUGCAUCCACAUUUCCUUGUGUAGUAAUCUAUGUAAUGGAUACCUCUCGUAGCACCAGUCCUGUCACCUUUAUGUCAAACAUGCUGUAUGCCUGCAGCAUCCUGUAUAAGACAAAGCUUCCCUUUAUUGUGGCAAUGAAUAAGACUGAUAUCAUUGAUCAUAGCUUUGCAGUUGAUUGGAUGCAAGAUUUUGAAGUUUUUCAAGAUGCUUUGAACCAGGAAACAUCAUAUGUCAGUAACUUGACCCGGUCAAUGAGUCUUGUCUUGGAUGAGUUCUACAGUAACCUCCGGGUAGUUGGAGUCUCUUCUGUAACAGGAAAUGGGUUAGAUCAGCUCUUCCAGCAGGUGUCAGAAGCUGCAAAAGAAUAUGAAAUGGAAUAUUUACCUGAAUAUGAAAGACUUCAAAAGAAAAUGAUUCAGGCUCAAAUCAAAAAACAAGAAAAGCAGUUGGAAAACUUACACAAAGAUAUGGGAGUUUUUGGUAUGGAAACAAGCGAAACAACAGAAUCUCCAGGACCUAGUGGACUCAUCCUUACUAGAGGAAAUAUUGAAGAAGAUGAAGUAGACAGUGACACAGAUGACAUAGACCACAAUCUUACUGAAGAAAGCAAAGAAUCCUCUUCAUUCAGCACUUUCCUAAAAGAAAGGCGCUCUGUUGUUGAAGUUAGGAGCAAGAAGCUGCAGUGAGAGCAAAGAUUGUAAGAAGCAGUUCUGCAAUUU